AUGGGCAACGAUGGAGGCUCCAUAGCCAAACGAGACGAGCUGGUCCGAACUAAAGCCACUUUGGAAAAGGUCGAUCCCGAGCUGCUUCGCCAGUCUCUGUGGACCGUCUGCGCACUCUCUCGCCGACCACUCGAACCGCCUGUCGCCUCGGACCCGCUGGGUCGACUGUACAAUAAAGACUCAAUCGUGCAGCAUCUGCUUGUUCGCAGCCAGAAUGAUCCGUCCUCCUCCAAGAUCGCAGACCCCAUCCCCCACAUCCGAGGCUUGCGCGACAUUACCGAACUCAACCUCACGCCCAACACACUCUAUCGCCCACCCUCACCCACGGCCUCUAGCAACCAACACUCAGUGUUCCCUUUCAUGUGCCCGCUCUCAUCCAAACAGAUGGACGGAAAGCAACGUUUCGUGUACAUCGCCAACUGCGGGUGCGCGAUGAGCGCCAUUGGUCUGCGCACGACUGUCGCUGCUUCCGAAACGAGUGACAAGCACAAGCCGGACCACAAACCGUGUCCUGUCUGCGGCAAGACUUUCAACGCGGCCGGACUGGCCAAAGGAAAGCAGGCAGACAUGGGUGCGGAUGUGGUCACCAUCAACCCAUCCGAGGCAGAGGAAGCAGAGAUGCGAGCGACAAUGGAGAAGGCACGGGCGGAACAGGCGACAAAGAAAAAGGCCAAGACAAGGACGGCAGAUCAGGCACUCGGGAACGGUAAGGCUCAAAAGGGGGACGCGAGCGAGGACACAGCGGAAAGAAAGCGUAGAAAGGCAGAGAGAAAGGCCGAGAAGAGCGCUCGGAUAGCUGCUCUCACCGCCGAACUCGCUGCCGAGCAUUCAUAA